AUGGCCAUCGUUUACUUCGAGACAAGCUGGGCCAUCUUGAGCACUAUCGGCGUGGCCAACACACUUUUUGGCUUCAUCAUUGCGGGCAUCACGGCCUUCUCGCCCGUAUCACUUAUACCUAUUGUUGUUUCUGUCGCAGGCUCUAUCGCAAAUGGGUUAUGUUAUUACAGCUUCUAUGCAGACUACCCCAUCUUGAAUACGGCGGUUGCGUCUGGUGUUGCGGAUGUCAUGUGGAUGAUUCAAGAAGCAGGCAUUUCAUUCUACAGCUAUGCUAUUCUCACCCGCGUUCUGCGCAGCCGCGACCGUAUCAUUUUCAUGACUCUUUUCUGGAUAGUGAUAGGGGCCAUCUUUGUUCUCAGGAUGAUGAUACUGGUUUCCCGGGUGAAGAUACUCGUGAACGGAGAGUCUGAUCUAAUGCCGACCAUCAACGGUCUCCAUGUUGGCUAUUUCUCAUCCUUAGCUGUGCUUGAGUGUCUCAGCGCUUUCUUCCUCCUGCGCAAGUUUGCGGCGGCAAAGUCAAUAUCGCAAGGGGCAUCAAUCGCGCCGACUCUCUUUCAGCAUUUGAUGCGAAGCACAGAGAUCCGCCUUGCCAUCCUGGCAUUGAUCGGAGUCACGAGAGCAGUCACCUACUUUUUUCAGCCCGCGGUUCAGCAAGCCCGGACAGUGGCAGGCCAGAUCGACAGAUUUGUUUACACACUUGAGUGUAUGUUUCCGGUGAUGAUCUUGCGAAACUCAAGUCAAGAGCGUCUGCCUUCAGCUGGAGACAAUGGAACACAAGUCGCCUCCGUAUGGAGCGGUGGAAAGAGAGUAAAUUUACAGGUUCGAAGGGAGUCCGGAACAAGCCGAUCGUCGCUCUUCCCGCCAGAGAACGUGAGCGACGGCUCCGACAGGAGUACCCGCGAUUUUGGCAUGAUUGAUUAUACUAUCACCUCAGGGAUCACUAAAACAAUCGAGAUCAAGGUCGAAAACAGUGCUCGCAAGCGGUCACAAGAUGCUGCAGAGACGGGCUCUACCUGA